CGACCACCGGGAAAUAUAAGAUCCAAGAAAGGCGAUGAGGCCAUUGACCAGGCCACGGCACGAGUUGUCGAGUCCUCGUUUGCCACGACGCAUGCUGGGCUACUGCAGCCUCAGACAAACGAACAAAACGACCUGACCACCGUACGUUGGCACACUAGCCACAUUUAGCAAACUCGUCGAUCAAGCCUGGCCAUUACGAUCGACCACGACGAGGUCGUUGGCAUGAGGGGCGGAGGAGGGGCCGGAGACAAGCCUCCGGCCAACGGCAUGCACGGCGGCGCGGCGCACGGUGCUUCCGGCGGUGUCAAGGCCAAGUCUUCCUUCAUCUACGGCAUCCUCCUCUACGUCGUCCUGCCCGUGCUAUUCAUGUACAUGGUCAUCGUGGCAAUCUCGCCGAUCUACAACCCGCGGUGCUCGCCGGAGGGCGCCGGCGCCAUGGUGCAUUUCGUGGUGGCCAACCCGAACGCCUCCUCGUCGAACAGCUCGACGAUGUCCCCACCGCCGCCGAUGGUGUCGGCGGAUGAGGCGCCCACGGGGCUGCGGCACAUCGUGUUCGGCAUCGGCGCGUCGUCGGCGCUGUGGGAGAGCCGGAAGGAGUACAUCAAGUUGUGGUGGCGGCCGGGGCGGAUGCGCGGGUUCGUGUGGAUGGACAAACCCGUGGAUGAGUUCUACUCCAAGAGCUCGCGCACAGGGCUCCCGGCGAUCAUGGUGAGCUCGGACACGUCCAAGUUCCCCUACACCCACGGCGCGGGAAGCCGGUCGGCGCUGCGGAUCUCGCGCAUCGUGUCCGAGAGCUACCGCCUGGGCCUCCCUGGGGUGCGGUGGUUCGUGAUGGGCGACGACGACACGGUGUUCCUCCCGGAGAACCUGGUGCACGUGCUGUCCCGGUACGACCACACGCAGCCGUACUACAUCGGGUCGCCGUCGGAGAGCCACAUCCAGAACCUCAUCUUCUCGUACGGCAUGGCGUUCGGCGGCGGCGGGUUCGCCAUCAGCCGCGCGCUGGCGGAGGAGCUGGCGAAGAUGCAGGACGGGUGCCUGCACCGGUACCCGGCGCUGUACGGCAGCGACGACCGCAUCCACGCGUGCAUGUCGGAGCUGGGCGUGCCGCUGACGCGGCACCCGGGGUUCCACCAGUGCGACCUGUGGGGCGACGUGCUGGGCCUCCUGGGCGCGCACCCGGUGGCGCCGCUGGUGACGCUGCACCACCUGGACUUCCUGGAGCCGGUGUUCCCGGCGACGCCGUCGCGGGCCGGGGCGCUGCGGAGGCUGUUCGACGGGCCCGUGCGGCUGGAUUCGGCGGCGGUGGCGCAGCAGUCCGUAUGCUACGACCCGGAGCAGCAGUGGACGGUGUCGGUGUCGUGGGGGUUCGCGGUGAUGGUGGUGCGAGGUGUGCUGUCGCCGCGGGAGAUGGAGACGCCGGUGCGGUCCUUCCUCAACUGGUACCGCCGCGCCGACUACACGGCCUACUCCUUCAACACGCGGCCCGUGGCGCGGCAGCCGUGCCAGAAGCCCCACGUGUACUACAUGCGCGAGUCAAGGAUGGACCGGCGCCGGAACGAGACGGUGACGGAGUACGAGCGCCACCGCGUGAAGCAGCCGCCGUGCCGGUGGCGCAUCGCCGACCCCGCCGCGCUACUCGACCACAUCGUCGUCCACAAGAAGCCCGACCCCGACCUCUGGAAAAGGUCUCCAAGGAGGAAUUGCUGCAAGGUGUUGUCGUCGCCGAAGAAGGGGAUUGACAGGUCGAUGACCAUCAACGUCGGCAUGUGCAGGGAGGGCGAGUUCGCCAAGGUUUAAUUAACUGGCAGGAAUUAGUGAGAUCUGUUAAACGGGAGAGGAGGGGAGGGAGAUACCGAGAUAGCGGCAGCGGGAGAGGUCCACUCGUGCGGUGGAGGAGCACGGCCGGCUUGACCUAGCAGAAACAAUGGUUUGAGCUGGACGUUGAUUGAAGAAUGGAAAACGGACGCACAAGGGUCUGGUCUGUUAAUACAGUAGCUGAUGCAACAGUCGUAGCAGAGGAUAGUACCUCUACUGUUCCAAUCAGGUGGACUUAGCCAUUUAGGUUUUGCGUAGGAACUAACAAGAUUUCACGAACAUAAGUUUGUAAGGGCGGCGCGCAUUUCGGUUAUGUUUGUAGAGUAUUACCGAACCCGAUCAAUGCCUGUAAUUGAACACUUGUACGAACUGUCGUAGAGUAAGCAUCGUGCACUAUCAUACCGUUAGUUACGAUAGCACACUAGUGAGAACGGCCAUAUGGAUGCAACUCAUGCGAAGGUCUUAUCAGCAAGGGAGUAGAUGAUUGUCUCCUUUGAGGCCGAAAUGACAAUGUACAACUAAGAGUUUGUCCGUUUCCAAUGUAGGUGUCGCAUCAGCAAUGGAUAACUCGGAAACACCAUUCGUAUUAUCA